AUGGCAGGAUUUUCGAGAGUGUGGGAAGAAAAAUUAGAAGGUAAACGCUCAGUACCCGAAUUGAAGGUUUUAUUGGAUUUUUUGAGAACUCGAAUAACUACUCUUGAAACCACUGAACAUUUCUCGAGUGAAAGGGAGAAGACUCCCGUCUCUGAAAAGACGCCGAAAUCGAAUUUCAAAGCGCAAUCCAAUCACAAACCUUCGUUUGAAAACAAGAAGCAAGCUGACAAGAUCAAAGCUUUCUAUACGCUGAAACCCGACUACAAAUGUCUUCUUUGUGGCAAAAAUCAUCUGCCCUCUCGCUGUGAUGAACUAAUUCGAAUGUCACUUGCCGAUAGGGUGAAAGUAAUCAAACGAAACAAUCUCUGCGAAAAUUGUUUUUAUCCGCAUCAUGUGAAGUCGUGUCCAUUUCAACCAGCGUGCAAAAAAUGCUCUGAAUCUCACAACUCAUUAUUGCAUGUUGAAGGUAAGCAAAUCUUCUUGAAUCAAGUCGAAACGACUGCAGCAACGGAAAUGUCUGAAUCAAACUCAAACGACGUACCACUAGAAGCAGAUGACGACACUCUAAGUCAAUGGAGUCAGCGCUACUUUUAUCAUGUAAAUGAUCAAAACGAUGAUGAAAUGUUGGCCACCGCCUUAGUGCCGACUAGUUUCAAUAAUCGAUCGGCCCUAUUCAAAACACUUCUUGAUCAAGGAGCAACCGCCAAUCUGAUUUCUUUGAAUGCGUGUCGGUUAUUGAGCAUUAAGUUUCCGCGUUGCAAAAUGACAAUGACUGGAGUCGGCAACGUACCGGUUGGAGAAGCACUCGGACGAGUGACCAUUGAAAUUGGAUCUGCACAAAACAAAGACUAUAAACUCAUCAUCCGUGCAGUUGUUGUUCGAUGUAUCGGCGAAAUAGUGGGAUUCAAUAGAAAGAUUGUCAAAGAUUGGACGCACUUGCAAAAUUUGCCAUUGGCCGAUCCAACUUACUUUGAGCCAGCUAAAAUUGACUUGCUACUGGGUUCAGCUACACACGGUGACGUCGUUUUGUCCGGCGUAGUCAAAGGUAAACGUGAGCAUCCCAUCGCACAACACACCGAGCUUGGAUGGAUAGUCUACGGUCGCAUGAAUAUUUCAGAAAGAACAACUGCCAUGUGUCAUCACAUUAAAGUAAACACACUCGACAAUCAGGACUUUGAUUUGCACGCUCAGUUGAAAGCAUUUUGGGAACUGGAAGAGGUCUCUCACAAACGUAUUCCCACACAAGAAGAGCAAAUGGCGGAGGAUGUAUUUAAAAAUACCGUUCGUCGAGCUACCGACGGUAAAUUUGUCGUUGAUUUACCAUUCAAAAUAAAUCCAUGGGAGCAACUUGGUGAAUCACGAUCGAUUGCUGAACGUCGAUACAAAUCCUUGCAACGAAGAUUCGCAAAAAAUCCUGAUUUUAAAAUAAAAUAUGAUGCCGUCUUGGAAGAAUAUUUAUCGUUGGGCCACAUGCAAAAGGUUAACGAUUCUCCAUCGUUCCAAUAUUUUUAG